AUGGCCUACAAUAAUCACCGCAUGAGCCAGCAGUUCCAUGGCUCGCAGCAACCUCAUGGCCGCACUCGCAAGAAGGAAGACGAGAACGAUGCCCUGAUGCGCCUGCCCGACAAGGAAAUCGCAGGAUGUAUCAACGACAUUGGAAUCCCCUUUACCACGGCCGACCUGGCCAAGCCCCAGCCGCAGCAGAUCCAGAUGGUAUUCGAAUGGUUCGCGGAGCUACUCAUGAAUACGACUCGCGAGACUGUGGAGCCGGCCAUGCACGCCGCGGCGGAGGAUAUCUGCGGCGACUACCCUGAUAUCAUUCCGAACGACACGCGCAACCUCAUGGGAUUCUUCGUCAGCCUCCGACGGCUGCUGAUGGAGUGCGGCGUCAACGAUUUUACCUUUACCGAUCUAACCAAACCGACACAUGACCGGCUGGUCAAGAUUUUUUCAUACCUAAUCAACUUUGUUCGGUUCCGCGAAUCGCAGACGCCAGUGAUCGAUGACCACUUCAACAAGACGGAGAAGACCAAAUCGCGCAUCGACGAGCUGCUGUCCGACAACCAGGAAAUUGAACUCCGCCUGAAUGAUAUGCGACGGGAUCUCAAGGCUAAUGAGGGUCAGGUGCAGGACAAAAUUAGGCAAAACAAUGAACUGAAGGCACGGCUGAAGGAGCUGCAUACGGAACAAGCACGCGUCUCCGAGACACUGGAACGGGUCAAGGGGGAUAAGGCCCGGCAGCAGAUGUUGUUGGAAGAAAAGACGGAGAAGCUGGUCCGCACGCGGCAAGAAGCAGAGAAGCUGCGGCCUUAUGUGCUCCAGUCCUCGGCCACUCUCCAGGCAAAUCUGACCGAGCUGUCUGAGAACCUGAUGCGCGAGAAAGCGCAGAUUGAUACAAUGGAGAAGCGAGCCCGCGCCCUUCAGACCUCGUCAGACACCUUCGUCGUCGUCUCUAAUGAUGUGCAGGCGUGCGUCAAGUUGCUCGAAGAUAUCUCCAUGGAAUUACAGAAGGAAGAUGAGGAAGAAUCCCGCGCCGUGAGGAACAAGGAGGCCAUCUCAGAGAGAGGCAACAGCGUUCGGGAGGUGGAGCAGACCGAGAAGCUCCUGCAGCGACAACUAGCUCGGUGGAACGAGCGGAUUGAGUCUCUACGGAAGAAUGCACAGGAGAAGGCAGAGGUCGCCCAAGCGCGCAUGGAAGAGCUGCGGAAUGUACAGAAGCAAUUACGUGAGGAGCGCGCUGAGAAACAGCGCGAUAUGGAGCGGCGGCGGAUUCGCAUCGAACAGACAGAGAAGAAGAUGGCCGAUCUCAAGGAAAACAUCGAGAACGAGAUCCAAGGCGCCCACGACCAGUACCUGAAGCUCGAAUCGCACAUCAAGCUCUACAUCACGGAGAUGGAAAAGUCUCUGUGA